CCUUGCUCCCGUGUGAUAACCGUUCCCCUCCACGCCCGUCGCCUAAGAAUAUUCGCAUUACCGCCAAAUCAUUACGAGCCUGCGUACGGAUACCGCAAGCAUAUACCUAAUCGCACGCGAACCACCAUCGUAUAUCCUGCGUAGCUCGCCCUGUCUACGCUCGCCCGUUUGUCGCGCCAAUGCACGCGCUUUGACCGAACUUCAACUCCCCGAAACUCCCGUGACGCAGCAACUGGACUCAUGACUACUAUCUUCGCGCGCCCACCGCUCCAAUCGCUUCCUAUGGCCACAAACCGACCGACAACGCGACGAAGGAGCGCAAAACAAGCCUUCGAUGACGACGAUGCGCCGGCGCCAAAAAGAGCAAAGGCCGAGGUGAAUGGGUCGAGCAAAAAGGCGACUGCUGCGCCAAAGAAGACAGCAAAGACAGCUGCAUACGACGAGGACGAUGAUGGCUUCCAAUUUUCGCGUCGCACGUCAUCGCGAAGGACUACAAAGGCACAGGCUGCGCCAGCACCAGAACCGAUACCCGAGGAAAGACCAACGAAGCUCGCGCAAGCUGUCGAAGCGCAACCCGUCAAAUCAGCUGCGCGGAAGAAGAAACAAUCAAUCGCAGCAGCCGAUCCAGAAUCUUCAGACUCAGGAAAGCGACGGCGAUCAGCGCGCAUAUCUGCCGACAGUAGACAGUUAGAGGUACGACCGAAGUCCACAGAGCCUCUUCCAACGAAAACUCGCACGAAGAAGGCUGCACCAGUAGAGAAAGAGAGGAAGAAGCAGGUCACACCCCCACCAGAAGUACAACCGCAGCCGAAGAGCACAUAUGGAGAUGUACAAACACCAAGACACAAUGAGAUACAGGUCGCGAAGAAGCGCGAUCCCAACGCCCAAAAGAUCAUGCUGCCUUUUGCCGACACACCAGUUAUAACGAGAAACAAAGAGAUGCGGAAGGGCGGCAACAAGGACGGGUCAAGAAGGAGUAGCACAGGCCUGCGAGGGAGGAGAGCAAGUUCGCUGAUAGAUAGCGGACAAUCGAAUGGUGAGUCUGAACACGAUGCACAGACAAAACCCCCUAAGGCGCUACCCCAUUCCGAAGUCGAAGUACGAGAUUUCUACAAGUACAUCGAGCAAAGUCUACCCGAACCACGGCGGAUGAAGCAGCUUCUAACAUGGUGUGGAUCGCGAGCACUACCAGCGAAGCCAUCGGGCGACGUCAAGAACGCGAACGCGAUCAUGGCUGCGCGAGCCAUUCAACAAGAGCUUAUAGACGACUUUGCAAGCAAACCUGAGCUUUCGGACUGGUUCAGCAGGGAAGAAACAGCGCCACCACCUGUGGUGAAGAAGCCGAAUCCCCAGAAUGAGAUGAACAAAGCCAAAUUGGAGGAAUUGGAAGACGAAGUCAAGCGUCUCGAAGAUGAGAAAGCCGCAUGGGAAGCCAUUGCAUCAGCGUCGAAAGCUAGCCUUCCUCCGCCUGCACCUUCAAUACCCACUGCGGCACCCACACUAUCGGAUAUCGAUACAUCCCUCCUCGAUCCCGAGCAAGCCGCCAUAAUUUCCUCCCUCCAACUAUCACAACCACAGACCUCACCACAACCGCCGUCAUCAGCAUUCACAUUCACAUCGCCUACGGCACUACAAUCACAUCUCACAUUACUCGCCAACUCACUAGAACCGCACAUCGACCUCUUCGCAGAUGGUGUUCAUAAGAUCGAGCAGUAUCGCGCUACAGCAGAAAAGGUAGCGGAUUGUGUGCUAGGGACAGCGGCAAAGAGGCUAGAGGAGCGAGAUCGGGAGGCAAAGGAAAGAGUCGGAACAGAAGGAGUUGGUGUAGGCGACAUACUGAGAGGCCUUGCAGGCGUACUCAGGGAGCAAUAGAUAUGCAAGCGUUUAUUGCAAUCAAAUACAAGAGUUACCGGCGGGAACGGAUAAGGACUGGUAUCCAGACAGACAAUCGUCUUAUGAGAAUGAUCUAUGUGGCUCUUUCUUCGGCCUUUUCGCCUUAUCCCAGAGACAUACUUCGCAGGCAUUUUCGUAUGGUGUUCAGUGUGUGCGGGAAUGGAUUGGGAGAAAACGAUAUACCCUUCUGUUUUUUGGCCUUUCAUGUAAAUAUUAUUCGAGCAGGAAUACCAUCACACUAUCUUGCUGCGCCGCUG